AACAUCACUCUGGAAAUUCUCCAGGUCAUUUUCCAGCCCAAAUACCCCUAAUUCUAUUCAAGAUGGGAGUCGGACGUCGUAUGAAGAAGCAGGGUCCUCCAGAGCCCCUCGAUGAAGCUCACUUCACGAACUUGAAGCGUAAAGCUGGGAUGUCGGUUGCGGAGUCGCGAGCAGAGAGCCAGCAGUACACCAAUUCGAAGAAGAGACGUACAAAUGGCGGGACAGAAGGGAAGGGAAAGAAGAACUCUGCGGGGACGACGAGCACGAAAGGCAAAUUUACCAAUUCGUUACCCUCGCAACAAUCUGCUCUGAAGAAGUCGAAAAAGCCCGAAUCGGUCCCACUUCCAAUGUCCGACGAAGAAAUGGAAGAUGACGAUUCUGAUGCGGAGGAUUUGGUGGGCGACGAGUUCGAUGAUCUGUCUGGGGAGGAAGAGGAAGGCGGGCUUGGAGACGACUUUUUGGAGAGUAGGAGUGAAGUCUACGAUUCUGAUGAGGAUCACCGGACAAAGCCCAUGUUCUCGGAGGAUGAAGACGAGUCGGAUGCAGAGGAGAAGUUGACCGCGGCGAAUAUUGCGGGAUUGACGAGAAAGUUGGACGAGCAGAUGGCAGAGGAGGCCGCGGAUGCUCAAGCAGAAUUGGAAGAAGCCGCCUUGCAGACAAAUAUUGCUGGAGAUCGACCCCAUAUUUUGGACGAUAAUAGUGAAGACGAAGAAGGAAUCAAGUCGAAAGCGUUAUUAGCCCCGGAUUUACAACUGCUACGGAACAGAAUUAACGACACCGUGCGAGUACUUGACGAUUUUUCGAAUCUGGCAGAGGAAGGACGAUCAAGAGCGGAAUAUACAGCACAGCUGAUCAGGGAUAUUUGUGCAUAUUAUGGAUAUUCAGAAUACUUGGCAGAGAAGUUAUUCAAUCUCUUCCCACCGAAAGAAGCGUUUGCUUUCUUCGAAGCAAACGAAACUCCCCGUCCAGUGGUCAUUCGAACAAACACCCUCCGAACGCACAGAAGAGACCUAGCACAGGCACUCAUCAACCGAGGCGUCACUCUCGAGCCCGUUGGAAAAUGGUCCAAGAUUGGUCUUCAAAUUUUCGAGAGUGCUGUCCCUCUUGGAGCUACGCCCGAAUACCUCGCAGGCCACUACAUUCUCCAAGCAGCAUCCUCCUUCCUCCCCGUCAUGGCGCUCGCACCCCAAGAGCAUGAACGUGUCCUCGAUAUGGCUGCCGCUCCUGGUGGCAAAACUACACACAUCGCAGCACUUAUGAAGAAUACUGGAUGCAUCUUCGCGAACGAUAGCAACAAAUCUCGUGCCAAAGGUCUGAUUGGUAACAUCCACCGUUUAGGAGCGAAGAACACGAUCGUAUGCAACUACGAUGCUCGGGAGUUUCCAAAAGUCAUUGGAGGAUUUGAUCGUGUGUUACUCGAUGCUCCAUGUUCCGGCACUGGUGUUAUUGCGAAGGAUCCUAGUGUGAAAACCAACAAGACGGAGAAAGAUUUCCUCAUGUUACCGCACUUACAAAAACAACUUCUUCUCGCGGCCAUCGAUUCCGUGGAUCAUACGAGCAAGACUGGCGGAUAUAUUGUGUACUCCACCUGUUCCGUGACAGUCGAAGAGAACGAGGGAGUUGUGCAAUACGCACUUAGCAAACGGCCCAACGUCAAGCUAGUGGAAACAGGCUUAGUAUUUGGAAAGGAGGGCUUCACAGCCUACAUGGGCAAGACAUUCGACAAGUCUCUCAAGAUGACAAGAAGAUACUACCCCCAUGCUUACAACGUUGAUGGCUUCUUCGUUUCGAAAUUCAAGAAGUUCGGUCCUUCGCCAAAGGGCAAUGGAGGGAGCACCGGCGCCAGCAAGGAAAUGGACGAUGAAUUAGAUGUUGACAAGAGGCCUGUUCCUGAGACGGAGGAAGAGGAGAAGACAGAUGAGUUCGGUGGAUGGAAUGAGGAAGAAGAUGAUGCCUAUAUGGAGAGGGCGAGGAGAGCGAUGUUGAAGAAGAAAGGCAUAAACCCGAAAGCAAAUGUUGGAGAUAUGAGUAAAAAGGUCAACGGGAAGGAGAAGAAGAAAAACAAAGAUACGUGAAGUAAUCUUACGUAGCAAUUUGAUUGAGCUUGGUCUGAUUUUCUGGUUUUCUACAAUCUCGGUGAUGAGAUCAUGUGAUUCAGAUGAUCUCAGGGCCGUAGCAUUGGAGGUCUUUCUGAUGGAUCCAUCUAAUGGUGACUUUAUUUCUGCUUCUGUCCAAGUAUUCUCGAGGGGGUUUCCUACUUGUUAUUCUUCCCGCGAAGCCUGGAAUACCGAAUUCCUGAGUCUUUCAACCCUCCAGCAAGUUGUAGCUUAGCCAAGCUUUUCAACCAUUUAAUGCAGACUCGAGAUUCCCCAAGUAAUCUCCAUAAAGCUGAGCUACCUAGUCGCCAUCACGUUCAGAUUGAAUCCACUUCGAUGGUCUCCAGAGAGCAUUUGCA